GGCCAGGCCGCGGCCGCUGCCCCCUGCCCGCUCUGCCGGGAGCCCAUCGGGGCCAUCCGCCUGCUGCAGGGGCAGGACGGCCGUGCCGGGGUGGCCCCACGUCGCCGCCAUCGCCACCUGCAUCCCUUCGUUCUGCGCUAUCGGCAGGAGGAGCAGCGGCGGCAGGAGGAGCAGCAGCGGGGUCCUGGAGGUCGCCGUCACCGGAGAUUCUCCGACGGGGAUAGGGAGCAGAGUCCCCCCGUGCCCCUGCGCCGUGUGCGGAGGGAGCUGGAAGAGCGGCCGCACAGGGUGCGGGAGGAAGAGCUGGCCUCGGGGGACUACGUGCGGCGCCUGCCCUUCAUCCCCUUUGAACCGGAGCCUCCGGCAGGGCAGGCAGGACCAGGCUCCCUAACCUCGGCAGGGGUCCCCAGCGGCCAGUUCAGCCCCACACCGCAGGAGGAGGCCUGCGCCUCUGCCCCCAGUAGCCGCUCGGCCCUGCGGGGGAUGGAGCCCAGCAGGUUGGUACCGGCGGAGCUGAAGUUGCGCAAGCCCUCGCAGCGGGCCAGGAUCCCGGAGCCCUUCCUCGCCCACCCGGACGGGGUGGCUGGGCCGGCGGGGCCCCCCGGACCGGACCCUGCGGAGGGCGACGUGGACUCCCUUGUGCCCACGCACGACGAGCGGGGCCGGCUCAUCCCUGAGUGGAAGCGGCAGGUGAUGGUGCGGCGGCUGCGGGCCCGACUGCGGGACGAGACGGCGGGAGGGCAGGAUGCGAGCUCCUGGAGCUUCUCGCCCUCCCACCAAGCCAUGCUGGGCCCCUUCGGGGAGCUGCUGACCGAGGCGGACCUGCAUCAGCUGGAGAGGGCGGUGGAGAGCCUGCGGCUGCGGCGACGCGGCGAGGUGUACCAGGGCGAGCUGCGGCGCCUGGCGCGGGAGCUACGCGCCCUCCUGCCCGGCCCGCUGCUCAGCAUCUCCGUCCGCAGUCCCCCACCCGCCCCCGGGCAGCCCCUGCCCCUCUGGUGCGGCCGCCUGGCCGGCGCCGUCAGCAGCCUGGCCGCGCUGCUGGGCCACGCCGAGGGGGUGUGGGGGUCUCGCGCUGUCGCCACCGCCCCUACCGCUGACCCCUCUCCCGUUGUCGCCGACGGACAGCGCCGGGAGCCGGCGGGCAGCCUGGCGCAGCGGGAGAUCCGGCAAUGUGGAGUCUGCGUCCGCAGCUUGCGCGGCGCCUUCGAGCCCGCCUGGGGGGCGUCGGGGGCCGCGUCGGCCGGGGGCGGCGAGACGGAGGCCGCCAGCGACUCGGGCAUCAGCUGCGAGGAGGCGUUUUCUGACGGCGGCGGCUCGGGGCCGGGGCCGGGGCCGGGGCCGGUGUGCGGCAGCCUGAGGAAGGAACGGAUCGUGAUGCUCUUCCUGAGCCACUGGAGACGCUCCGCGUACGCGCCCCCCCAGCCCGCCGCCGGGAACCCUCGGGAGACGGCGGGGAGUGGGCCGAGGGGGGCAGCCCGCCUGGAGCGGCAGCGGGUGGCCAUUCAGAGGCUCCUGAGCGCCUGGCGGGACGUCGCCUCCCGCCGCCCCCCACCGCCGCCCCCCGCCCGUGGCCUGCUGUCACCAGAGCAGUUCGUGGCGGCGGCGGGGGGCGGCCCGGCCGAGUAUGAGAGCUUGUCGCUGGAGAUGUUCAUGCUGGGCUAUUUCCGCAUCUUGGAGCAGGAGCUGCCCCCCGAAGAGCGCCGCGGCCGCCACCUGCUCUGUUUCGAGGUGUUUGAGCAGCUGGGACGGCACGGCUGGCGGGCGGUGCGCGCCUUCCACCGCGCCGUCACCGACGAGAUCGCGGCUGGGAGGCGCAGCUGGCGCGACGGCUUCGACGACAUCAAGGCACGGUACUUCGGGUCCUCGCAGAGCCUGGCCCGGCGGCCGGGGGAGGCCAGGGAGGAGGGGGAAGAGAUUUGCCGCUACAUCGAUCGCAGCUUCGCCUUUUGGAAGGAGAGAGAGGCCGAGAUCUUCAGCCUGGAGGACUGAUGCUGGCGGGCUGCGGAGUGCUGUGCAGGCUGCGGGAUGCAAUAAACACCUUCUCGGUUCUCUUC